GAGAACUUUCGAGAAGCGGAGGUAUAUCUGUGCUACUAGUUAUAUUCUGAGAAAUAAACGCUUAACGAAAGCUAAGCAUUUCCCAGUUGCUGAGUUUUCUCGUGGAUUAAUUGCCGGUAUUUUGUGAUAUUAAAAAAUUGUGCAUCAUCAAAUAAUAUCAGGUACUUUGGUUAAUCUAGCCGUCGUUCGAGUUACGCGUGUGCGGCCAUGAACUGGGUGUCGUAAUUAAAAUCUUCACUUUGCAAAUAUUCCGCACGAACUUCAUUUGAAGUUUCUGCCGCAGACACCGGCCAAAUUGUUGAGCCAUUAAGGCUGCACGCUGAAACAUGGUCAAAGAAACAACUUUCUACGAUAUUUUAGGGGUUAAACCUGACUGUACACAAGAUGAUCUGAAGAAAGCCUAUAGGAAAUUAGCUCUUAAAUAUCAUCCCGACAAGAACCCAAAUGAGGGCGAAAGGUUUAAGCAAAUUUCCCAAGCUUAUGAAGUAUUAUCAAACCCGGAGAAGAAACGUAUUUAUGACACUGGAGGGGAGCAGGCCCUCAAGGAGGGUGGAAUGAGCAGCGGGUUCUCCUCGCCCAUGGAUCUCUUUGAUGUAUUCUUCGGUGGUGGCAGUGGUUCGCGUAAUAGGAGAUACAAGGGAGAUAAUGUUGUGCACCGAUUGUCUGUUUCACUCGAGGAGCUCUACAAGGGUACAACUAGGAAGCUUGCAUUGCAGAAGAAUGUAAUCUGUGAUAAAUGUGAAGAAAACUACCUUCAGACAUUCAAAUUUACUUCACCAUUUCGUGAGUUCCUAAGGAGAGGAUACGGAGGAAAGAAAGGCUCGGCCCAGCAGUGUAGUACUUGUCAUGGUACUGGAAUGAUUGUACAGAUUAACCCAAUUGGUCAAGGAGUCGUUCAGCAGAUCAGAGGUCCCUGUACCAAUUGUAAAGGGCAGGGAGAAUACUUUGCAUCACGAGAUCGUUGUAAACAGUGUAAUGGAAGGAAAACCAUGAGAGACAGAAAGAUUCUGGAGGUGCAUAUUGACAAGGGUAUGAUUGAUGGCCAAAAGAUAGUAUUCAGUGGUGAGGGAGAUCAAGAGCCGGGGCUGGAGCCUGGUGAUAUUGUUAUCAUUCUUGACGAGAAAGAGCAUCCUUUAUUUAAGCGUUCAGGACAUAAUCUUCUAAUGACAAUGACCCUGAACCUUGUGGAGGCACUCUGUGGAUUUCAGAAAACCGUGCGUACUCUCGAUGAUCGAGAUCUUCUGGUAACAUCUCUCCCCGGAAAUGUAGUGAAGCAUGGUGAUCUCAAAUGCAUUGUCAAUGAAGGAAUGCCAGUUUAUCGUGAUCCAUUCACGCGUGGCAAACUCACAAUUCACUUCACUCUCGAGUAUCCAAAAACAAUCGAUCCGGCAAUUGUAGCUAAUCUUGAGAAAAUUCUGCCCCCACGAGACCAUACAAUUAUUCCUGAUGGAGCUGAAGAGGUGCAUCUUGAGGAUUUUGAUCCCGUUGCUGAUGCUCAGGAGCAGCGCGAGCGCGGCGAAGCAUAUGACGAGGACAAAGGCUCAUCCCGAGUCCAAUGCGCUACGCACUAAUUUCAAACUUGUAAUAAGGUUAACGGAAAAAACAAAAUUGAGACCACUUUUAAUUCAAAAAGAUGAACCAACAAACAAUAAUAAAUCAAUGAUCCAAUGUAUCAUUAAUCCGGAGAUAUGUUUUAUGGAUUAAGUCGCUCCAUGAUGAACUGUGGGCGUCCAGCAUCUAGAUCAUAAUUAUUAACUGGUAUUUAAUUGACAUUAACAAUUCAACAGCUGAGGGAAGGGGAAAAAAUGAUGAAAAUUUAGGAGAGACAUCUCGACUUCUAUCCGAAACGUGAUCAUUUAGGUCAAAUUCAAAAAUAUCCUUUUACCUAUUAUAUUUCCAUGAAACUAGCAAUUUGCCGAGUUGAAACUCUUUGAAGAACAUUUCAAAAAGUUGCAUAUUCAUAGCUAUUUUUCCCUCAACUGUUAAAUUCAAAUUCGAGACAUAAAAACUAAGGAAAUUAAGAUGAACAACUGUUUGUCAUAACUUGAUUGUUAAUGACAGCAAGCAACCUAGCUUCACUUCUUAUGAAAUCUAGGACUAAACUAUAGAAAAAAAGAAAAAAAAACACAUACACACAACACAUGUGGACUUAGCAUUCUAAUUAUUUACAAAAACUAUAGAUAAAUUUAUUGAAUUCCAAUAGAACGCGUUUUUAUAGAAAUAUUAAGUGGUCCGUGAAUCGAAUAAUAGCAUUAUUCUGCGUCGUCAAAUUGAUCCUGCAAAGAAUUAUUGGGUAUUCGUUGCGCAUAUGCGAAUUUUGUUUUGAAAAUAAAAUGAAUGAAACUUUGGAAAAGACAGA